AUGAUGCUCACAAGCGCCUACCACAUGCCCCCAAUGCCAUACUAUUCGGCAUACACGCCCCCGCGACCUUCGCCACUAUCCGAGCGGUCUGUGAAUUCCGCACCGCGCCUUUUCAAUUUCACUAUGGGCUCUCCGAGUGAGAAGAAGCCGAUAAUACCACAGCGCGCGUACAAGGCGAAUCCGGUGAUGCAGACGCGUGACGCAGCGACGAAGAGGCGACGAGACAUGUUCUUCAAGCGUGUACAAAACGGACGCGAAGACAAAAAGUGGGAGGCACGUGGCGAACAGAUUCAACAGCUCGACUUUGCAUCUGAGCGCAAACGCUGGGAAGCUGAGAAAGCGCGUCAAGCACCACCAGAAGAGCAGGAGAUUGAUGAAUUGAUUGAUGAUGCGGCACUCCCGGAAAGCCCACUACCAGAAAGCGCUCCUCAAUAUGAAGCCUGGAUGACAGAGGCGGACUGGGUAGCUGCACAGGAGGAAUAUGAGCUGCAACAACUGGUUGCAUCAAUGGAACAAGAAAACGACGCGUCUUCGCAACACUACGGAAGCGAUGACGACGACUAUGAUUCGAUCUUCAUGCAGUGUGCAGCGAGUGCGAAUGACCAACACCAGUAUCAGCCUCACCAGGCGUACGGCACAUCAAAUGACGUGGACAUGAUGGACAUGGACAUGGCAGACGGUUGA